ACUGGCGCCUCCUGCUGUUUGGUCGUUUCCAGGGCGACCAGGUCUGCCGGCUGGCGGUCCCCCAGUGAAAAAAUGAAACUCAAGAGCCUACUGCUCCGGUAUUACCCACCAGGAAUUAUGUUGGAAUAUGAAAAAAGUGGAGAAUUAAGGACCAAAUCCAUAGACUUGCUUGACCUUGAUCCCAGUACAGAUGUCAACGCCUUAGUAGAAGAGAUACAGAAAGCAGAACCUCUAAUCACAGCUUCACGGUCAGACCAAGUCAAACUUCUAAUACAGAGAUUACAGACGAAACUCGGACAGCACAGCAACCACAACUUCUAUCUUUUUAAGGUUCUCAGAGCACAUAUACUGCCACUGACCAACGUCGCACUUAAUAAAUCGGGCUCCUGCUUUAUCACAGGGAGCUAUGAUCGGACAUGCAAACUCUGGGACACGGCAUCUGGAGAGGAACUUCACACGCUGGAGGGCCACAGGAAUGUGGUUUAUGCCAUAGCAUUCAACAAUCCUUAUGGGGACAAAAUUGCCACUGGGUCCUUUGAUAAGACUUGUAAACUAUGGAGUGUAGAAACAGGAAAAUGUUACCAUACCUUUAGGGGUCAUGCAGCAGAAAUAGUGUGUUUAUCGUUUAAUCCUCAAAGCACAUUGGUGGCUACCGGAAGCAUGGACACAACGGCCAAACUGUGGGAUAUUCAGAAUGGAGAGCAAGUGUGCACUUUAAUGGGACAUUCAGCCGAAAUCAUCUCCUUGUCCUUUAACACCUCAGGCGACAGAAUCAUCACAGGGUCUUUUGACCAUACGGUUAUAGCGUGGGAUGCUGGUACUGGAAGGAAGUUGUAUACCUUGAUUGGGCAUUGUGCAGAGAUCAGCAGUGCUUUAUUCAACUGGGAUUGCUCUCUGAUAUUAACUGGCUCUAUGGACAAAACUUGCAUGCUAUGGGAUGCUACAAAUGAACAAUGUGUGGCAACAUUGACGUGCCAUGAUGAUGAAAUACUGGACAGCUGUUUUGAUUACACCGGAAAGCUUAUUGCAACUGCUUCAGCCGAUGGAACAGCAAGAGUAUUCAGUGCAGCCACAAGAAAAUGCAUUACCAAGUUGGAAGGCCAUGAAGGCGAAAUCUCAAAGAUUUCCUUCAAUCCCCAAGGGAACCGUCUCCUCACCGGCAGCGCUGACAAAACGGCCAGAAUCUGGGAUGCCCAGACGGGUCAGUGCCUCCAGGUUCUCGAAGGACACACGGAUGAGAUCUUUUCCUGUGCUUUCAACUAUAAAGGCGACAUAAUCAUCACAGGCAGCAAGGAUAAUACCUGUAGGAUAUGGCGUUGACUGAAGAAAGCCAGUCGAGGGGGAACCGUACCAGCCGUGGUGAUGAACGCCUGGAGCGUCCCAGCCAGCCAGCUCUUUUGCUAUUUCCUGUUUUCUCUUUUUCCCCCAAAUCGACCAUCCGUACACCGUCCUUAGCUUCACAGAUAGAACAUUAAAGCUGGUAAAGUUACAUCAUUCCUUGAUAUUAUUGGACGGAGAGGACAGGAACAAGCAUACUGUUUGGCACAUGUCACUGGUUCUUUCAGUUGUUUUCUUUUCUCGAUGGCAGGAUGACGCCGCGAAACGAAACCAGAGGAAUUUAACGAUGUGUCUUCUCAAGUCUACUCUGAAGGCAAAUUAUCAUAAUUUCUGCUCAAUAAAGUUUGGAGAGAAAAUUG